ACCAAUAUUCAGAAUUCUCCAACCCCCUUUUGAAGCAUUGGGAAUUCCGUUAUUUGUCCCGUCCCAAACUUGAUUCCACAAUGCAAACCAUCAGACAGAAGAUCCUCUUUGGAUUGCUCCUUCUAGUGCAUACGGUAUGCAGUCAACAAAGUGCAAUCGACAACUUCAUUCCCAUCGUGAAGGCCAGUUGUGUGGGCGGUACCAUGACGAUUCGAGUGGACACGCCCGAACCCUUUGAAGGCAUCAUUCACGGCCCCAACCGAACGGAGCCAGGUUGCAGUGUUCAAGGUCGGGGCGGGCUCAAGACUUACCUCAAGAUUGAUCUGACCAAGCAAGGUCAAACUGGAGACUGCGGGGUCAAAUAUAACGAGCUAGCUGAGGAGAGAAGAAUCGCCAUCGCGGUCAGAGCUCACCCUACCAUCGAACUUCUCCAAGACAAGCUGUAUGUUGUAACGUGUGGGCGGGCUGGCUUCCAAAAUUCGCGAAAUGAAGUUUCCGUGGUCCAACUGAAGGUGACGCCCCCUUCAGACUCGGAAAUUAAGGUCACCACCGUCUUAGAAGGCAGUCGCUACAACCUUAGAGCGGAGGUCAUGGAUCACGAUCCCAAGUUUGGAAUUCAAAUGCGUCGCUGUUUUGCUUUCGACGAUGACGACACCUCGCUCUCACUAGUUGACGAGAGAGGUUGCGUUAUUGAGAAGCUGAUCUCGGAAUUUACUUACGAUCAGGAAAAGGGGACUGCUGACGCCACCAUCUUUUCAAUGUUCAGGAUGCCACACUCCAAUCGCACGUACUUUCAAUGCGAUGUGGCUAUUUGUAGCGGUGCCUGUCCCAAACCCGAUUGCUCCAAAAAUGUUGCCAAAGCUGGGGGUCCUCUAUCCUCUUUAACAGAAGGAGGCCAAUCCACCACCACUACUACAGGAUCGGAUCCCUUUGAAAGGCCAGAGGAUGACGCAGUAACAACCUCAACUUCUGUCUUUGUAGCUCAACCAGGCUCCGAGGAUGCCGCUCAAGUGUAUUAUUGUUCAGCUGGUUUGGGGGCUGAUGCCAAUGAGUGGCUUUUGUGGCUUUGCAUCGCUUUUGGCGUGUUGUUCGCCAUCAUGUUUCUCAUAAAUAUAUUCCUGUGUUCUGCCAUGACAUGCUCGUGCACGAGAAGUGAGAUCAUUGAAAAGGAACCGUCCAUCUACGAUGACUACUCUAUCUACGAUUCGCAGUAUGGAUAUGCGAAUGGCAAGAUCUAUGGCUCGGAAUCGGACGAAUACGGAAGUGACGGAUACGAUAUUGAAGCUCAUGACGACGGUCGUAUGCCCCAAUCUGAGGCAGGAUACUCUUCGAAAUACUCUCAACAUGGGAAUUCCACACUAGGCAGAUCAAGACAUUAACCCACAAUAGUAACAAACUAACUAAGUAGUGCGUAGUGUUUUCUUCUAGGAAUCAAGUUGUCGCCGCCAUCUUUGGUCCCUCUGAGCUUCAAGGGCAUUUCUUUCUCUCUCAGAAUAUUGUACUGGAAUGAUUAACCUCUUCUCUGGAUUGCGAUCAAGAGAUUAACGACUUCCCAUACUCCAUCAAUCCUCUCCCCACCCUCAGCCCCCCUCCCAUUAAUCAUCCCCGCAUAUACAAAAUAUGUCUUGAUAACAAAGUCUGAUCAAGUAGAUAGCCAAAUUAACUUUUUCAACUGCUCCUCUUUUUGUCCACCGGUGACAAAUCCAAAACAAAGCCUCCUCACCAAGGGACGCCGAGUCCAAAGAAACCCCUUGCAUGUCCCAUUUCCAACUAACUCGAUUCGUUCUAACCACUCAACUCCAUUUUCUGCACAGAAACGUGCCCUGAUACUCACUCAUUGUGUCCUCCUCUUGCAUGCAAGUUCUCAUGGAAGCUGAAGGCUAGCCACAAUCCAUCUUGUUAACGUCUUCAAACAUUGUGAAAACUGUGAUAUAAUGUCAAAGAAAUAAAUCAAAUUCACCCUAGGCUA